AUGAAAGUUGUCAACAGUACAGAGAAAAGACAUGAAGAUAUUCGAUUACGCAAGUUAAGGAAGGUAUUCAGGUCGCUUAGAAGUCAAAGUGAAACCGGGCAAGUUAAACACAGGCUGUUUGUAACACCGCGGACAGCACCAAGUAAUGAUGACGGAUGCCCGGACAUUUUAAAAAAAAAAGUGGAACCCGCUUCUAAGUCGCACGACCCACCUUUCACAUUCAAAUCUGCAUUUUUCCAUUUGGAACGUUCCCAAUACUCUCCCCUCCCCCCCAAAGCACCUGCUGCAUCUGAAAGCCUUAACCCACAUGGAAUAGACGCCGAGGAUGGAAACUGGCAGCCACUGGGAAGACGAAAGAAGUUCAGCUGGAGAGAAUUGAAUCCAGCGGGGUCAUUACGCGAUCCAGCCGCAGCUCUAGAUAUUGCCACUGGAAAUUGUUUUAGAGGAAUCCAGUCUCCGGCCGUCUUCUUAUACUUACGGUACGCUCAUAAACGGUACCUCGGGAUGAGACUUCUUACUACGACAGAUCGGGGCAGGGCAUUACCAAUCGUACCCAUACCAAACCUCACAAUUUGCCAUCACGGUUACAAACCCAUCACUCACGCUUGGACUUCACGAUCUCGAAAAGAUGCUGUUAUAAAUCCUGGAACGCCUAUAUUUCCAUCAAGAGUAUCCCAUUAG